UAUUUCGUUCAUUUAAUUUGUGUAAACUCUCAUUACUCUGAAUGGAUGAACGGGGUCUUUGCUUUGUUUGGAGAAAUUGUGUAUUCUUACCUCGUAUUGAGAACAAACAAUUGACUGUGGAAUGGAUACAAAUCCAAUCACCAGUAAACCGAUCUUCUUCUGUUACUUCAGACAGAAGCUGGGGCAGUGGAGGCUGCUUAGAAUUGGAGGCUGCAGAACUAAGCCAGCAAAUGGAAAACGAUUUUGAUGCGUUACAAUCACCACUUGAAAAAAUAUUGAAUACAUUUUCGUUCAGUUUGGAUAACAUUAACAAGGCAGCUGAAAUAAUAGCUGUUGACUACUCAUUUGAUGCAGGAAGCAUCUGUAAUAUUCCAGUUAUAUUAUUACAAUUAAAGUGUGAAUCUAAAUCUAAUGACUCUCAGGACUGUUAUAAAUUAAGUAACAAAACGCUACCAGAACUGAAGACGAG